AUGGACAACUCUGAGAAGGUGGGAGGGCCAAGACAACCGGAGAGCUCUUUUUACCAUUUUCGUACGUUAGCAAGAGACUGUAGAAUAAAGGAGAUUCCAAGUACUGGGAAUCAUUUCUCUUGGGGAGGCAGAAGAGAGAAUGUAUGGGUGCAGUGCAGACUGGAUCACAGUUUUGGAAACAGUGGCUGGUUUGAUCUAUUUCCCAGAGUUAACACUGAGUAUCUAGACCUGUUAGGAUCAGAUCAUAGACCAAUAAUCACUCGUUUGGUGGAUGCGGACUCACGGUUCAGAGGGAGGUUCAUGUUUGAUAAACGUUGGAUCAACAAACCUGAUACUGAGAAAAUCAUUAGAGAGCAGUGGGAAGCGGGGAACAGGAUGACAAGCAGUCUGGUGAUGGCAAGCCUCUCUCAGUGCCGUCGUGCUCUGUCUCGUUGGAAGAAAACACACAUGACUAAUUCUGCUUCACAAAUCCAGCUGCUCAGAAAAGAUCUGGAGUUUGAAUCUACAAAGACUCAUCCAAAUUUUAGGCGGCUGCAACAGAUCAAAUGGGCACUAAAUGUUGCUUUCAGGGAAGAAGAGGUAUACUGGAAGACUAAAAGUAGAGAAACUUGGUUGCAAAUAGGGGAUAAAAACACAGCAUAUUUCCAUGGGAGUGUCAAGUAUAAAAGAUUGAAGAACCGUCUGGUGUCUCUGAUUGACAAAAAUGGGGUGGAAUGCUUUGAAGAGGGUUCUAAAGGUGAUAUAGCUGCGGAGUAUUUCUCUCAGUUGUUCCAGACUUCAAACCCCACUGGCAUUGAGGAUCUACUCGAAGGCAUGGAACCGCGUGUAUCAGAGGACAUGAAUGUGCGUUUAACAGCUCCAGUCUCGGCUCAGGAAAUUAAACAAGCGGCCUUUAAUAUUAAGGGUGAUAGUGCACCUGGUGCGGAUGGCUGGACCGGUGCUUUCUUCAGGAAGUAUUGGCAUAUUGUGGGUGCGGAUAACAUUGCAGAGGUACAAGGAUUCUUUCAGACAGGGGUGAUGCCGCAAGGAUGGAAUCAUACUCAACUAUGCUUGAUCCCUAAGAAGCCAAAUGCAAACCAAAUGAGUGACAUGAGGCCGAUUAGUCUGUGUUCUGUUUUGUACAAGAUUGUAUCCAAGGUACUUUGCUCUCGUUUGACACGUUGUCUUCCAGACCUAGUUUCGGAAACUCAGGGAGCUUUCGUUGCUGGAAGGUUGAUAUCAGACAACAUUUUAAUUGCUCAUGAGAUCGUGCAUGCUCUUAAGACGAAUGUGAAGUUUGAUGAGCAUUUCAUUGCGGUGAAGACGGAUAUGUCGAAGGCAUACGAUAGAGUAGAGUGGGAUUUCCUGGAGAAGUUAUUCAUCAAGAUGGGGUUUGCUGUAAAAUGGGUCCAGUGGAUAAUGAUGUGUGUAAGAUCCGUAUCCUUUUCAGUCCUCAUCAAUGGUUGCGACUUUGGGCUGAUCAAACCGGGACGUGGUAUUCGACAGGGAGAUCCUCUUUCUCCUUUCCUCUUCAUCCUCUGUGCAGAGGCUUUAGUGUAUGCAUUACAGAGAAGUCAUCAACAGGAGCGUCUCACAGGGUUCAGGUUCAAUGAGUCUUGCCCAGUCAUACAAAACUUACUCUUCGCUGAUGAUAGUUUGUUUGUUUGCCAAUCAACGAAAGAAGAAUGUGAGGAGCUUAUGCUUUGUUUGCAAAGUUAUGGUAAGGCGUCUGGCCAAAUGAUAAAUCUUUCCAAGUCCGCUGUUACUUUUGGGAAGAGGAUAAGUGAGGAAACAAAGAAUGUUGUUAAGCAAACACUAAGCAUUUAUGAGGAGGGUGGUACAGGAACUUACUUAGGAUUGCCUGAGUGUUUUAGUGGGUCUAAACAGGCGCUAUUGGGUUUCAUUGGUGAUAAGCUCCAAAACAGACUGCAGGGUUGGUUUGCUAAGUCACUAUCUUUGGGUGGUAAGGAAGUGUUAUUGAAGGCGGUGGCUAUGGCAUUACCGGUGUACGCCAUGUCUUGUUUUCGGCUGAGUAAAAAUCUUUGCAGGAAGUUAACGAGUGCGAUGUGUGAAUUUUGGUGGAGUAAUUGCCAGGGGAGGCGGAAGAUUGCUUGGGUUGCGUGGAAGAAGUUGUGUAAAUCAAAGUCAGAAGGUGGGUUGGGUUUCAAGGACCUAGGAGAUUUUAAUCAGGCUUUAUUGGCCAAGCAGGCAUGGCGCAUUCUUAAUAACCCUGACUCUUUGGUAACGAGGUUUUAUAAGAGUAGAUAUUUUCGCAAAACAUCUAUCAUUGAGUGUGGUGCUGGAUCGAGACCAUCUUACGCGUGGAGAAGCAUUCUUCAUGGGCGUGAUUUGCUGAAGGCUGGUCUGAUGAAGUCGAUUGGCGACGGUUGUGAUACAUUGGUUUGGAGAGAUAAAUGGAUAAUGGACAAACAUCCACGAGCUCCAUUUCGGUCCCAGAUUUUCUUUGAUUUCAACAUGAAAGUAGUUGACCUCAGAACACCAGGCGCUGCAACAUGGGAUAAGGAAAAGACUCUUUCUACACUCUACGAGCCUCGUUCUGAUGAUUUGAUUAAACUCAAUGAAUUAAAGGCAAGCGUAUGGAAGGUGGAAACUGUUCCCAAGAUCAGAACGUUCCUCUGGCGAAUGCUGUCCGGUGCCUUAGCAGUCUCUGAACGGUUGGCAUCACGAGCUUUGGCUUUAGCCAAUAUUCCUAGCCCUAUUGGUGGUUUCUCUGCUACGAAUAUUGACAUAAACUGGGAACACCUGCUCAAAGUCAUACAGGAUGAGGAGAUCCCCAGUUCUGUAAGAGAGUUAGUCUUCAAAGCACAGGAAGAUGCUACUCAGUGGAAGGAAGCUCAGUCUCGGCCAGUAGACAUCACGGCACAAGAUCCUAUGAAGCAAGGUAAUGUGGAAAAGAAAUGGAUAAAGCCGAUGGCUGGGUAUGUUAAGUGUAAUAUUAGAUCUUCAUGGUACAACUCGUCGCGUCUAAAUGGUGGUGCUUGGAUUCUGCGAGAUGAGACUGGCCAGGUUCUAUACCAUGCGAGGAAUGCUCUUUCACCUGCGGAUUCCCGGUUUGUAGCGGCCCUGCAAUGCCUUCUGUGGGCAUUGGAUGCUUUACGUAUUCUACAUAUUGACAAAGUCGAGCUUGCGUUGGAUAACAGGAUGGUCAUAGAGGCGAUUAACUGUCCUUCUGCUUGGCCGCGUUUCAGUAUUCUCCUGAGUAACAUACAUGAGAAGUUAUCAAACUUCACGUCUUGGAGAGCUUCAGCGGUUGCGGUUUCUGCAAACACGGUGGCUGUGGCAAUUGCGAAGAGUGUAACAAGGGAUGGUAGACUUCAGUCUUAUCUCUCACUUGGAGGGCCUUCUUGGCUCCACAAUCAAGUUAGACAUGAGGCGAUUUAG